GUUACCCGUAACGUCAUUUUGUUAAAUGGGAACAUCAUCUUUCACUCCAUGAAUUAGCUCAAAUCAAUCAUUCUGCAUACUUCUGGCAAGAAAAACAGUAAUAGAAAAUUACAAGGCAUUUUAGGAAAAUGCUGUUCCAUCUGGUGCUCAUAGCGCUUGCCGCUGUCGGCACGAAUGCGGCCACUGGUGGUAGUAAGAAGUACCCACUCUCUUCCAAGUUCAUCGAAGAAAUCAAUACCAAAGCUACAACAUGGCGUGCUGGUCAAAACUUUCACCCCGACACGUCGCUUACCUACAUCCGAGGGCUGAUGGGCGUUCAUCCCGAUGCGGACAAAUUCCGCGAGCCUGAAAUCCUGCACGAUCUGUCCGAUGGUGACGAACUACCGGAGAACUUUGACUCUCGCGAACAGUGGCCCAACUGUCCGACGAUCCGGGAAAUUCGCGAUCAGGGCUCGUGUGGCUCUUGCUGGGCAUUCGGUGCUGUGGAGGCCAUGUCCGAUCGGGUGUGCGUUGCCUCCGGAGGCAAGAUCCAUUUCCGUUUUUCGGCCGAAGAUCUCGUUUCGUGCUGCCACACCUGCGGCUUUGGUUGUAACGGAGGAUUCCCUGGCGCUGCCUGGAGCUAUUGGGUCCGGAAGGGUCUGGUCAGUGGAGGCCCGUUCGGUUCCAACUUGGGCUGUCAGCCUUACGCCAUUGCGCCGUGCGAACAUCAUGUCAACGGAACGCGCCCUUCGUGUGAGGGCGAAGGUGGCAAGACGCCAAAGUGUGUAAAGAAAUGCCAGGAAAGCUACAACGUGCCUUACCAGAAGGAUAAACGCUUCGGUGCUUCCUCCUACUCGAUCGCUCGCCACGAAGCACAGAUCCAGAAGGAAAUCAUGACGAACGGACCGGUAGAAGGUGCGUUUACCGUUUAUGAAGAUUUGCUGCACUACAAGGAGGGGGUUUAUCAGCAUGUGACGGGCAAAAUGCUCGGCGGUCAUGCGAUUCGAAUUCUCGGCUGGGGCGUUGAAAAUGGCACCAAGUAUUGGUUGAUUGCUAACUCCUGGAACAGCGACUGGGGCGAUAAUGGAUUCUUCAAGAUCCUUCGCGGUGAAGACCAUCUCGGUAUCGAAAGCUCCAUCUCGGCUGGUUUACCGAAGCUGUAAUCGAUUGGCUGCAAUGCGCAUCGAAGGAAAGGGGUUAAGUACAUUCCGGCUUAAACGAGGUAAACAAGCAAACACAGCGCAAAACAGCGUGUUAGGUACAAGAGACUGUUGUAAUACAAUCCACAAAAUGUUUCUUUCUUUUACAUCCCAAAAAUAAAAUUCAUCAUUUCUUUUUGUAAAAUUA